AUGGCCUACGAGAUUAUCGACAAUAUCGCCGCUGAAGGGGCACCGUAUUAUACACCGGCUCAAGACCCGCCAGCGGGUACUUCUUCAGACGGAUCAACCAAGCUUUUCACACCCAUCACUAUUCGUGGCGUAACCUUCCCAAACCGUCUCUUCCUUGCACCUCUCUGCCAAUACUCUGCCAAAGACGGAUAUGCUACCGACUGGCAUUUGACUCACCUCGGAGGCAUUCUCCAAAGAGGCCCAGGAAUGUCCAUGGUUGAAGCUACGGCUGUACAAGACCAUGGUCGCAUCACACCUCAGGACGUCGGUCUCUGGGAAGACGGCCAGAUCGAACCUCUGAAGCGCAUCACUACUUUCGCGCACAGUCAAAGCCAAAAGAUUGGUAUUCAGCUUUCACACGCUGGUCGUAAAGCCAGCUGUGUGUCUCCGUGGCUAAGCGUCAAUGCUGUUGCGGCUAAAGAAGUGGGUGGCUGGCCAGACAAUAUUGUCGCUCCCUCGGCAAUCCCACAAGAAGAUGGUGUGAACCCAGUUCCCAAGGCCUUCACCAAGGAUGAUAUUGAGCAGCUCAAGAGCGACUAUGUGGAAGCGGCCAAGAGAGCCAUUCGUGCAGGUUUCGAUGUCAUUGAGAUUCACGCUGCUCACGGAUACCUACUCCAUCAGUUCUUGAGUCCGGUCGCCAAUCAGAGAACUGAUGAGUAUGGCGGCAGCUUCGAGAACCGCAUUCGAGUCGUCUUGGAAAUCAUUGAUCUCAUCCGAGUCGCCAUCCCCGAGACGACACCUCUCCUCGUCCGUGUCAGUGCAACUGAUUGGUUCGAAUUUGACCCUCAGUUCAAGGACGAGUUUCCCGAGAGUUGGACAGUCGAACAGACUUGCGAACUUGCAAAGAUCUUGUCGAAACAUGGUGUCGACUUAGUGGACGUGAGCUCAGGUGGUAUCCAUCCCAAGUCUGCCAUCGCUAUCAAAGCAGGUCCUGCUUACCAGGUAGACCUUGCAAAACAAGUGAAGAAGGCUGUGGGCGAUAGUGUACUUGUUUCGGCUGUUGGUGGAAUCAAGACUGGGCAUAUUGCAGAGGAGGUUCUGCAAUCCGGUAUCGAUGUUGUGAGGGCUGGACGUUGGUUCCAACAGAACCCUGGCCUUGUGAAAGCUUUUGCUAGUGAGCUUGGUGUAGAAGUCAAGAUGGCGAACCAAAUUGAUUGGAGUUUCAAGGGCCGUGGAAAGAAUGGAACCAAAAAGUCUUCGUAG